UCGUACCAGUUUCCAAACAGAUCUUUCUUUUCGUGAUUGAGUCGUGGAACGAUAUUUAUACAAACUGAAUCUGAUUGGUUGAGGUCUUCGUGAUAUACAUGCCCUUACCGGACUAAUUGUAGUACCGCAAAUAUCUCUUAUCCACGGCAUCUCCACAAUAUAAUGGAUGUUUGGCGUGUAGUUUAAAGAAAAUUUUGCGGUCAAGCGGUAAAAAUAAUGAAGCCAGUUGGAAAUACGGAGCCAGUAAUAUUCUCUCUUUGGUAACGCUCUGAGUGGCAAAAGUAAUCCAUCGUACCCUCUAUCAUAUUCCAACCUUUUGUUUAGCUACUUUGAGUAAUGUACGAUGGAUUUCGUAAUACGUCAGAGACCGAGUACCUAAUCGAAUGCCAAGCCCGUCCCCCGCUUUCUCACUCUCGACCCCACUUAUACUUCAAACCAACAUAUGUAGCUAGUUGAGGCGUAGGCUUUGACCGUCAAUCAAUUUCUCAUUUCUAUUGUUCCUGCUCAUAGUGAUGCCUGCUAAAGUGGGUGAGCGUCUUAUUGCCCCGACGCUUGACGAAUAUGCUCUUUCAUGUCCGAACCAAGUAUUCUACUCUAUCCCUAAACAUGACAACGAUCUGUCACAGGGUUUCAAGAAUAUUACCUGCAAGCAGUUUUCUAAUGCAGUAAAUCACGCGGCUGCCUGGCUGCAGACAGAAGUGUUGUCACCAAAUGCUACACCGUAUGAAGUUAUCGCGUAUCAGGGCCCAAACGAUCUGAGGUACCCAAUAUUAGCCAUCGCAGCUUCCAAAGUGGGCCAGCAGAUUCUGUUCCCAUUUCCCAUGGCAGUGACACCAAUCAAGCUUCAUUUACUCAAUUCAACUGGCUGCAAGUACUUACUGCAUGUUGCUGAUGAUAGAGAAGAAGUAUCCAAGCUUCUUGUAGACAAUCCGCAAAUCCAACCCACAGCGGUCCCGGAGUUGGAAGCUUGGCUAUACUCUGGUGACGCUCCGGCCUAUCCAUACAGCAAAUCGUGGAAUGAAGGGAAAGACGACCCUUGGAUCAUCUUUCAUACUUCAGGAACUACUGGACUGCCAAAACCCAUCACAUAUACAAACUCCAUGAUGUCCUCUUUUGACGUCGCCCAGACUUUGCCUGAACCGAAAGAGAUGACUCAGCUUGGGUGGUGUUUCAAUCGUCGAUGCUAUGGCGUUGUGCCAUUGAGUCAUUUUUCCGGGCUAUGCGCUGCGCUUCAAGGUCCGCUCUUCUUGGAGAUGGUGAGUAUUCAAGGCCCCGCAGGAAAGGUUACCACGCCUCAAGUUAUUUCGGAUAUACUGCGCUACAGUCAGGCCGAAGGCUUCGUCGGUCUCCCCUUUCUUCUGCAAGCAAUGUCGAAAAAUCAAGAAACGCUAGAAUCACUCAAGGCGCUUGAAUUUAUUCAAUGGAUUGGGGCGGCUUUGGACAAAGAAACUGGGGAUACGUUGUCGAAAUACGUGAAACUUUGUCCAGCAAUGGGUACGACCGAAUGCGGGCCCUAUUUUCUCAGGACGAACGAAGAUACUGAAGACUGGGAAUACUACGCUUUUCAAUCUGGUCAGGGAAUCGAGAUGAUCGAGAAGGCAAAUAAUCUGUAUGAGUUGGUGUUUCAGAAGAAAGAUGACGCGAUCUGGCAACAAGCUUUCAAAGUGUUCCCCGAUUUGGAUGUUUUCGAAACGAAAGAUUUGUUUGAAAAACAUAGCAGCAAGGACGGCCUAUGGUUAUACGCGGGUCGCUCGGAUGCCAUUGUGGUGCUUUCCAACAGUGCAAACAUCAAUGCUUCUCGAGUAGAAGAUAAGAUCGCAGCUCAUCCAAGGGUGAUAAUGGCACUCGUAGGUGGAACUGGUCGUCCGAAUUCAUUCGUUAUUAUCGAGCUCACACCUCCUGCAAGCGAAGAUUGGAAGAUCAAAGGCACAGAUGCAAUAUUGGCUGAUCUAUGGCCUACGAUUGAAGGCGCCAAUCAGGAUCUUUCGGAGUAUACGAGACUCCGAAGGGAAUUUGUGAUUAUCACGGGUUUUGACAGGGGGUUUGCAAUAAGCCCGAAAGGCACAAUCAGGAGAGAGUUAAGCUUGAAGGCAUUCGAGAAGGACAUUAGCGCUCUUUUUGCUGGCACAUAG